AUGUUCUCGUGCUUGCAGACGAAGAUUAAGGAGGCGUUUGCCGCCUUCGAUACCAACCAGAGCGGCGACAUCAGUAUGCAGGAGCUCCGGGCGCUUUUGGGGCAAUUGGGGGAAAUGCCGUCCGAGAAGCUUCUGCAGGUGGGCCAGGAAUCCAUGAGGGAGGCAGACACGGACAACAACGGCUCCGUAUCUUUCGGGGAACUCGCCUCGCUGAUGCACAAGCUCAAGAAGGAUCCCAACUCGAACUCGGCCUUCGUGCGCAAGAUCCACAAGGCUCCUGCCCAGGUGGUUGGACCGCGGCUGCCGAUGGACCCGCUCUCCGAAGACCUCUUCACACAGACGUCGGACGGGCUCAUCCUGUGCAAGCUCAUCAACCUCGCUGAAUUCGACACAAUCGACGCCAGGGCGAUGAACGUCGUAUCGGACAAGAGGCCAAAGCUAUCCAUAUUCCAGAAGAUCGAGAACAUGAACCUGGCGCUCAACGCCGCCAGGGGCAUCGGCUGCGUGGUGACCAACGUCAAUGCCAAGGACAUCAUCGACGGCAACUCUAUUCUCAUCCUGGGGCUGGUCUGGCAGAUCAUCCGGAUACAGCUGCUGUCUUCCAUCAGCUUGACGUCCUGCCCGGAGCUGGUUUGCCUUCUGGAGGAGGGAGAGGAGCUCGACGGGCUGUUGGCCUUGCAGCCCGAGGCGAUCUUGCUGCGCUGGUUCAACUACCACCUCGAGAGGGAAGAGGUCGGAACUGUUUGGAAUGUAACCCACAGCGACGACAACGUCGACAGUAACAAGAACGACACCCGCGUGCCCUAUUUUGCAAUGGCCUCAUCGAGCACGCUUGUCUGCUCUUUGUUUGCAACUUUCGCCCUCUUGGUUCUUUCGAUAAAGUCUUCUUCGACGAAGCGAGUAAAGAACUUCGGGAACGACUUGAGGGACGGCGAGGCCCUCUCCGUUCUGCUGACACAGCUAGACCCCACCGUCUGCCAACCCUGCAACGAGCCGCCUGGCUCCGAGGCCCGCGCAAGGCAUAUCAUCAGCAACGCGAAGGCGAUGGGCGCGGAAACGUUUAUCCAGCCGGCGGACAUCAUCAACGCCAACAAGAAGCUGCUCCUGGCCUUCUGUGCGCAGCUCUUCAACACCAACCCCAACCUCACCGUGGAGCAAGAGGUGAUGGAGCAGUUCACCGAGGACUUCGCCAACCUAGAGGACGAUGACGAGGGCGACACACGAGAGGAGAAGGUCUUCCGCAUGUGGAUCAACAGCCUGGCCAUCGACAACGGAGACCUGUACAUUAACAACCUCUUCGCCGACGUGCAGAACGGCUCCGCCAUCCUCAAGGUGAUGGACCGCAUUCAGCCCGGGGUCGUCGUGUGGAAGCGCGUCAACAUCGCUCCGAAGAAUCGCUUCAAGAAGGUGGAGAACGGGAACUACGUCAUCGACAUCGCCAAGGUGAUGGGGCUUACGGUGGUGAACGUGGGGGGGUUGGACAUCAUCGAUGGCAACCGCAAGAUGACGCUGGCCAUUAUGUGGCAGCUCAUGCGCCGGCACACCCUCAACCUUCUUCAGGCGAGAGAUGGAGGUGCUGCUCUCUCCAAGAAGGGGAAGAGGAUAGAGGACCCGCAGAUCGUGGCGUGGGCCAACUCCAAGGUCGAAGGGUCCAAGAUUCGCAGCUUCGGGGACCCCUCGCUGUCUACGGGUGUGUGCCACGGCAUCGACCAGUCGACCGUGAACUGGGACCUUGUCGUGAUGGACCCCGCGAACGACGAGGACAAGACCAAUAACGCCAAGUACGCCAUCAGCGUGGCGCGCAAGCUGGGCGCGUGCGUGUUCGUGGCGGCGGAAGACAUCGUGCAGGUCAUGUCGAGGAUGAUCAUGCUCUUUUGCGCGAGCCUGUGGCACUGCGAGAACGAGCGCACGGCGUCGCCGGACGGGGUGGGGGCAGGGGCCAUGCCGGCGCCGGCCGCGUUAGAACAAACCCCUCAGGCGCCCAAGCCGCUCAUGUCUCCCACGGGACUCCGGUCGGCCACCUCUCCCAAGCCCUUCUCUUCGGGGGGAUGGUCGACCUUCGGACAGUCCAAGCCGCCACCGGCAGGAGCAGCAGCAGAGUCGGCCGCGAAAAUCGCUCAAAAGAAGGCGGACGAGGAGACGCAGAGGAGGAUCCAGGCGUGGAAAGCGGAGCAGCAAGCCAAGCAGGCCUCUGCGGCUUUCGCGGACGAGAACAAGGCAGCGGAAGAUGAGGCAGCGGCGUCGGCGGCAGCGACGGGAGCGGCACAGCAAGCCGCCCAAGAAGCAGAAGCGGCAAAGGCGGCCGCAGAUGCACAGCAGCAGCAAGAGGCGGCAAAGGCGGCGGCAAAGGCGGCGGAAGCUUCCCGGCUAGCUGCGGAGGAGGCUGAGGCUGCCAGAGUGCUCGCCGCGGAGGCUGAGGCAGAUGGGGUCAGAUUGGCGGAGGACCAGAUGAAGGCCGUGAGUCUCGAGCCAGGAUUGAGCACUUACAGCGACGAGGUCACACAAGAAGAGUGGGACGCCUGAACCGGAACCUGAACCUGAACCUGAAUGGAUUGAUAGCCUGGCCUCGACACGCGACAAGCCGGCGAGGGGGGGGAGGGCAGGGCAGGGCAGGGCAGGGCAGGGGGGGAAGGGGUUGCUUCUUUUUGGAGAAGUUUGCGGCGCUGGAACCCCGCGUCUCCCCCUUGCACGUACACACAGGCAGCAGUUGCCGUUUCUUCUCUCACACGAUUUAUCAUUCGAAAGGCGGGCGUGUUUUUGCACGGAUCGGGAUGGGACGGAAUUGGGGAGGGGCAUACUGGCGCCAGCCUGACGAGGGGCAUCAUGGCGCCAGCCUGACGAGGGAGAGGGGACGGGGGGGGGGGGGGGGNNNGGGGGGGGGGGGGGGGGGGGGGGGGGGGGGGGGGGGGGGGGGGGGGGGGGGGGGUCGUGAUAAUAAUUAUCGUCGAUGUUGCUGGGUAUGUCGUUAGCAGUGUAGUAGACAACGAGAGAAAAAGGCGCCUGAUGAUCUCAAAGGGGGUGGGGGGAGGUCCAAGGUACCGGGUGUUGAUUGUUUCUUCUUAUGCGUAGCGUAUUCAUGUGCGUUGUUUGUAUCGGGAGUUUUGCUCGUAGGUAAGUUUUUUGAGUUCUUCACGGAUGGCUUGCCUAUCGCUGUUGCGCUCUUGUGGGAGCGUGGGUUGAUGGAGGGGUUGCGAACAAGCCCUCAGUUGUUGGUGUUUUCGCGUAUUGUGUGCGGGUAGCGAAGCAGUCGAGAGCGAGAGUUUGGAGGGGGUGGGAGACGACCAACAGCAGUUUCGCCACACACACCCACCCGUGGCGGAUGUGAGUAAAAUUGCUUUCUCUCUGUCGACACAGCGGGGUCCCCAUGUGCAGAAUGAUAGAGGCCCUGUGCACCAAGCGACACUCCUCAGUUAAUGUAGCGUUUCAGACGUAAACAACAGGCAAGGCAAGUGCUCUGCAAUGGUGCAACGCCCCGCGCGCUUCCUCCGUUUCAGCCGUUUUUGUUGACGUGGCAAACGUAUAAUGGGUACACCUCUGAA